GAAGUAUGAAGCAUCAGAACAAAGAAUUAAAGAAUGAUAUCAGCAUUGUCCCAUUUUCUUCGACUCUCUGUGCACACAACUCAGUCAACACACAUAACCACCACCUUCAUGCAGUCGUCCAGCCGUCUGAUGGAGUUCAAGGUCAAAGAUCUUAUGGUUGACAAGCGGCGGCUUGUCCAAGUUCCCGAUAACGCCACUCUAGCAGACGCCUUGAACACCAUGGUGGCAAACCGAGUUAUAGCUGUGCCCGUGGCUGCCAAACCAGGCCAAUGGCUGGGGGCCGGCGGAUCGAUGAUAAUAGAGUCGGAUAAACAGAGCGGCAGUGCAAGGAAACAGUACAUAGGAAUGGUGACGAUGCUCGAUGUUGUGGCUCACAUCGCCGGCGAAGGAGACGACAGCGAGAGUGGAUUCGAUAAGAAAAUGGCUGCUCCUGUCUCUUCUAUCAUUGGUCAUUCCCCUGAGGGUCUCAGCCUUUGGUCUCUCAAUCCUAAUACCAGCAUAAUGGAUUGCAUGGAGAUGUUGAGUAAAGGAAUCCACAGAGUAUUGGUUCCAAUGGACAGCAACAUAGAAAAUAUCUCAGGACCUGAGUUGGUGGAAUCGGCUUCUUCUUACGCAAUGCUGACUCAGAUGGAUCUCAUCUCUUUCUUCCUCAACCGAUCCUCUAAUCUCCAAAGUGUCCUAUCCCACACCGUCACUGAUCUCUCCGCCAUACACGACACCGUUUUAGCCCUCACCAGUCAGGCCAGAGUAAAGGAUGCGAUUAAAUGCAUGAGUAAGGCAAUGCUCAACGCCGUUCCUAUCGUUGAAGCCUCCAGCGAGGAAGAGGAUCAUAAACAGCUCGUUGACGGUAGAAACCGGAGAGUAGUGGGAACGUUCUCGGCGAGUGAUCUAAAGGGAUGUCAUUUAGCCACGUUGCGUUCUUGGUUACCGCUAAACGCGCUAGAGUUUGUUGAGAAAAUCCCAAGAACUCCCUUGUUCACCGCUGCUUCGUCAACACCAGGGAGGGAGCUCGUGACGUGUCACGUGACAUCAACCUUAGCUCAAGUAAUCCGUAUGGUCACCACGAAACGUGUACACAGAGUUUGGGUCGUGGACCAGAACGAUGGGCUACAAGGCCUCAUUUCUCUAACUGACAUUAUCGCUGCGGUUCGAUCCGCUUUGCUCUAAAGACCUCAAGAUCUCUUAACUCGCAACAACUUUCAGUCUUCUCCUCUACCAAAAUUUUACAUAUUAUAGUUCCUUCCGGGGAAAAUAAUGUUUGUUUGGUAACAGAGAACUUAUCAAAACAAGGAAUGACGAGAUGGAACAUAUCAAUCCAAUUUCUUCUGUAAGAGAAUAUGUAUAUUUAUAAAGACAAAUUUAUAUGAUAGUUA